AUGGGCGACGCUCUGCCGCCUUAUCCCGGAGCAUCGGCUGCACACCUCGCAGCAGCCGCGCUCGCGGCGUCCUCGUCUGGCGUCCCCACUCACAACUGGAACUCGCCCUCGCUGCCUCAUGCCGACCUCUCGACGUCGCACGGCCUGCCAUCCGCACCAGGGACCGCUUCGAGCGGCAAAAGCUCGACGCGUCCUGCCAACGGCGCCGGCGCGACAGCUCGCGCGGUCGACUACACCCCCAGGCGAACCGGAGAGGGUUCAGCGAUCAAGCGCUCUGCGAAGGCAUGCAUGUACUGCAGGAAAGGCAAGGCGCGCUGCGACGGUCUCGACAGCUGGCCGUGCAGGAGGUGCAGGGAGAAUGGGGUCGAGUGUGUGUUCGAGGGUUUGACCCAGGACGAGCUGAGGAGCAGGAUGAGCGUGAAGCGCGAGGCGCAGGCGGAGGGAGGGAGCCUUGACGGCACGGGGAGUGUGUUCGCUGGACCUGUUUCCGCCGCUCCACCUGGUCAAGGCAUGCUCGAAUCACGCCUCGCACGUCUUGAAGCAGAGCUCGACUUCAUUCGCUCCGCUACGAGGUCGCACACGGCGCGACUCGACCGUUUGGAGGACGGCAGCGUCGGUAACUCCAGUUCUCCCGGUGAAUCGAGUCGCUCCCGCUCGUACCACCACGUCAAGAAGGAGAGUCAGGAGUUCGAGACGUUCGCCCGCGACGCCUUCGAGCUGUUCUGGGAGAUGUAUGCUCCCCUUGCCCCGUACAUCGUUCCGACAACCGACACCUUCGAAGCCGUGCGCGACCGCUCGCCGCUUCUCAUGCAUGCUAUCGUAGCUGUGGCGUCGCGACAUUCGCUUGAGAAGCAUCUCGUCGAUUUCAACCGUUCCGAGGCGCUACGGCUAAUGCGGGACACGCUGUAUGGCGAGAAGCCGGUGACGAUAGACGAUCUCAAGGGAAUGUUGGUGUGGAAUGCGUGGCUGGGCAAAGGAGCGCCGCCUGGGCAUACUGUCACCCUCGCUCUCCAGCUCGACCUGCCGAGGGCGCUCGACCGUCUCCUUGCAUCCAUCUCGCAACCGCAAGCCGAGGCAGCGCGCGAGUUUGAGGAGCUCAUGCCAGGCGUACGGGUGUGGUUGACGCUUUACGCCGCGGAUCUCUGGCUCUCGUUCGCCAUGGCUCGACGCUCGUUGGUCACGAUUGACCUCUCCAUCACGUCCUCUCGCCUUCUCCUGCACUUCGGCGCCCUUCGACCUGUCGACGCCCGCCUCAUCGCCCAGUCCGAACUCGUCACCAUUCUCGGCGUCGUCCAGGAGUCGUUCCUCAAGACACAGCGGCAGUCGGUCGAGCAGACUGUCCACGUCGUUCAGCAGGCGAACGCGCACCUCGAGCAGUGGAUAACGACCUGGAGUGCGUGGACCCGAGGACAGGAGGAGGAGACGGGCAACUUUGUCCUCUCCAGCUUUUCCGUCAUGCUGCAGGCGGCGCGCUUCUACGCCAACACGUUCGGCUUGCGCGACAUCACUUCGUCGGACCAGCUCCUCCCGAUUCACAUGCCCUGUCUGAGGACCGCCCUUGAUGCCGCAGUGCGCAUUCAAGGCAUCCACCGCGCGCACAAGAUCGCCCAUUCAGCUGAGAUGACGCUGAUCGUUCUCUCGAGCUCGGCUCUCUUCCUCCUAAAAAUGAUCAAGCUCGCUCCCGCCGCCUUCUCUCCCGUACCCUCGCCGUCCUACCCAUCCUUCGCCGCGCUGUCCGCCCGCUCCUUCGGCACGAUGGCUGCACACCUGUCGCCGGCGGAUCCGCUGCAGUCGGCAUCUUCGCCUGACACCGCGGCUUCCCCUCUCCUCGUCGCAACGCCGUCGAUCGCCCAAGCCGUCGAUGCUGCCCGCCACUCUGCCGCUCUUCUCGCCUGCGCACCGGCGAAGCAGCGAAGCUAUGCCCACGCAGUGCAGAUGGCGCUGCAGAAGCUCGAGGUCGACCUCCCGCCUACAUUGCCGCCGAUCACGUCUUCACCAGGCUUCGGCGAUCAGGCUGGCGGCGACAGGAAGCGCCAGAGAGUCGCCGAAGACGCCUCCGAGAUGCGGCGACGGAUGUCAUCCCUCGACGAGACUGUCGCGGGCAGCGCGAAUCUCGCAUCUCCGCUUUGGGCGCCAGCCUCGACGAGCGAGGCGCAGCUGCCGCCUGCGGGCGACGCAGCCGCGAUGAUGUGGGGACUCGGCGCUGGUCCGGAGGACCCGUUCGCAGCUGGCGGGAGCGCCUUCCGCAAUGGAGACGCCGCUGCGUCUGAGAAAGACCUGGACGAGUUGACCAUAUCUUCGCUGAUUGGGACCGACAGUUUCUGGACGUGGACGAGCAGCCUCCCUGGCGAGAGCAUCCAGGCCUUGGUCUCGUAG